AUGUCAGCUCUCUACUACAAAAAACUGCGAAAACAGCAGAAUCCUGACGUUUCCAGCAGCGAGGAUUCGGAUUCAGAUGAGGAGAUUCCAAAAAAGAAACUGAAAUCACAGUCAAAACCGCAAGAAUUCGAGGAUGACGACGAUUUAUUUGUUGUCGACAGGACUGGAAACGGUGAGGCGCCGAAAGAAGGAGAUUUCCAUACAUUGGACCUCCUCGGGUCCAAUCACCUGGAGCCGUAUGAGAUGGACAAGGAUCUGAAGGAAAUCUUGGAGAAGUCAGUGGUCGGGCCCAAGUUCGAGAAAGACUUCCAACCACAAUCUCGACUUUUGGGGAGAAAUGCCGCCGCCAGACUUCGAAAAGCCGAACGAGAGAAGACGAAAGGAGCGAACUGGUUCAACUUGCCAGCUACUGAACUCACCGAUGAGCACAAACGAGACUUGGAAUUCCUUCAAAUGAGAUCGACACUGGACCCACUUGCUCACUAUCGUCGAAACGACCGUUCUGUACUCCCGAAGUACUUCCAGGUCGGAAAAGUCGUUGAUGCUCCAGAAGACUUCUACUCGAGCAGAAUGUUGAAGAAGGAGAGAAAGAAGACGAUGGUCGAUGAGAUUCUUCAUAAUGAAGAGUCGCUGAGUAAGGCGAAGAAGAAGUACGCCGAGAUCCGUCAGAAGGAGCAGACGAAACGGCGAGGUGCUUUCCAACGAUUUGGUAAUAGGAAGUCGCACAAACAGCAAAGAGAGUCGAAGAUGAAGAAUAAGAAGAAGUAA